CAGCGCCCCUCGCCCCUUUUGCACGCGCUGGGUCUGAGCCGUUGCGCGGGGGGGGGGGGGAAGCGAAAAGGUUGAAAGAAGGAUGCCCAUUGGGGAGGGAGGAAGCCAGGAGUCAGGAGAGCGCGCUUCGGCGGGCCGGCUGCUUCGCCUGGAGCAAAGCGUGUCCUAAAGGAGUCGUGGGGAGCGAUAAGGAUCAGGCGUGACGUCAAGGAGGAGUCUGGUCGGUGGAGGCGCUCGGAGUCCGGAGUGGCGGCAGAGGCGGGCGGCGAGCUGGAGCAGACGGAGGCGGGCGCGAAGCCUGGUCCAGAAAGUAUAAACCAUUACUCAAGGGAAAAACCAUGGCUUGGAGUGAAUUCAGUAUCCUCAGCUGGCUCAGAGAGAGUCGACAAUCCCGGAAACUAAUCUUGUUGAUUGUCUUCAUUGCAUUGCUCUUGGACAACAUGUUGCUUACUGUAGUUGUGCCAAUUAUUCCUAGUUACUUGUAUGGCAUUGAACACCAGAAAAAUGCAACAGACAUCCAAACCAUUGGGCCAGACACAGCUUCAUUUAACUUGGACAGUUUUCAAAGUAUCUUCUCCUAUUAUGACAACUCUACAAUGGUUACCGGAAAUCGUUCUGAAGGGACAAGGCCAGGAGAUUUUUAUCAUGCUCAAACGCAGCAAAUGGCAGUAAAUAUGACAAAGGCAUCCUCUGACUGCCCCAAGGAAGAUAAAGACCUUCUGAAUGAAAAUGUUCAAGUUGGCUUGUUGUUUGCCUCCAAAGCAAUGGUGCAGCUCAUCACUAACCCUUUCAUAGGACCUAUGACGAAUAGAAUAGGCUAUCAGAUCCCCAUGUUUGCUGGUUUCUGCAUUAUGUUUGUCUCAACAAUUAUGUUUGCCUUUUCAGAAAGCUACAAGUUGCUGUUUAUAGCAAGAUCACUUCAAGGAGUAGGUUCUUCUUGUUCUUCAGUAGCUGGGAUGGGUAUGCUGGCCAGUGUGUAUACUGACGAUGAAGAAAGAGGCAAUGCGAUGGGAAUUGCAUUAGGAGGAAUGGCUAUGGGAGUAUUAGUGGGCCCUCCUUUUGGAAGUGUUAUGUAUGAAUUUGUUGGGAAAGCAGCACCUUUCCUCAUUUUGGCAGCAUUAGCUCUUUUUGAUGGAGCCAUACAGUUGUUUAUUCUACAGCCAUCCAGAAUACAACCAGAGAGCCAGAAAGGAGCAUCAUUACUGACACUUAUGAAGGAUCCAUAUAUCAUUAUUGCCGCAGGAUCAAUAUGUUUUUCAAAUAUGGCAAUUGCUAUGCUGGAACCAGCAUUACCCAUCUGGAUGAUGGAGACAAUGUGCUCAAGAAAAUGGCAGCUUGGCGUUGCUUUCAUUCCAGCUAGUCUCUCUUAUCUGAUUGGAACUAAUAUUUUUGGAGUCCUUGCACACAAAAUGGGACGGUGGCUUUGUGCUUUAAUUGGGAUGGUAAUAGUGGGAAUAAGCAUUUUGUGCGUACCACUUGCGAAAAACAUAUAUGGACUUAUAGUACCAAAUUUUGGAGUAGGUUUUGCCAUUGGAAUGGUGGAUUCUUCAAUGAUGCCUAUUAUGGGUUACCUUGUUGAUCUGCGUCAUGUAUCAGUCUAUGGGAGUGUUUAUGCAAUAGCAGAUGUUGCAUUUUGCAUGGGGUUUGCUUUAGGUCCUUCUGUUGGUGGUGCCGUUGCAAAGGCAAUUGGGUUCCCAUGGCUCAUGACCAUAAUAGGAAUUAUUGACAUCCUCUUUGCUCCUUUGUGUUUGUUCCUACGUAGUCCAGCUGCCAAAGAAGAAAAAAUGGCAAUACUCAUGGACCACAACUGUCACUAUAAAACCAAAAUGUAUACACAGAACAAUAUCCAGUCCUACCCAAUAGGUGCCGAAGAUGAAGAAUCAGAAAGCGAUGAGUAAUACCUGAAAGCCAUAAAAAUAGUCUGGUGUAUACAACAGUUUCCUGUGAAACAUCUCAUCAAAAUUUUAGUUGUACUGUAGUCUUAAUGGUGAAAUAGUAACAAAACCAAACCAAAGGUAGAUUAUCUGUUGCCUAUUAUUAUGAAGCAGAAUACCCACUGCCUUAUAAAGGAAAAUAAGCUUUUUAAGGACUUGUAUAGUGUUAAAAAUUGUGCAUUUACUUUUAAUAUUAUAUGCUAUAUUUUUGAUUACAUGAACGGUAGAAAUGUCUAUAAAAAUCUAAAUCAAUAUCCAUGGCUUUAAAAACGUUUACUCAUAAACAGUUCCCCUAUUCCGUAUUUUUGACUUACAAAGAAAUGGAGUGCCUGAAACUAGUAUCUAUAAACUGACUGUAUAUUAAAAUAUGAUCCAAUGUUUUGUGGGCAGAUUGUAUUGCUUGGCAACAUAAAGUUUAUCAUGAAACCUCUUUCUAGAUUAAGCGGCAUCUUGCAGUUCAAAAAACAGCUGUCUGAUUUGAAAACCUCAAUUAAUAUUUUUACACUUAAAACACAGUGAAUUGUGGAAUGAUGAAAGUUUGAAGCAGUUGUCAAAAUGGCUGCAUGCCAUGCAUUAAACACAAAAUAAUGUGGGGAGAAUAAAAUUAAUAGAGACAUAAGCCCUGAUGGAUCAGAUCAUUCUAGUCCAGCCUACUGUUUCCCAUAGUAGGAAACACAUCCAGAUCCUGCAAUUCAGGAAUGGAUAGUAUUGAUAGAUGGACUUAAUCUGAGUUAAGACAAUUCAGACAUAUGUGUUCUUAUUUGCACCUUUAGAGUCACCAAAUUUGAACCAUUUUCAGCACAAUACUCUGCCUACCUUCUUUUGAGGUCAUUUAGGGUUGCCUGAGUUUUCAAGUAAACAAAUCAAAACCAGCCUGUUACAGAGGUGUUCCUCCCAUUGGGCAAAAUGAGCAGUUGCCCAGGGCGCCCCCUUGUGGGGGGCGCAAAAACUGCAGGUUCGUUUGUGGGAUUUUUUUGUAUUU